CGUAAAACUACAUCUCCCGUGAUCCCUCGCGGCAGCCCGGAUUCCUUCCGGUGAGCGGCCGCGCUAUUUAGCUACUUACCCCGGAAGCGCUUUCCCUUUCCUUCCAGCAGCGCGGAGCAAGAUGGCGGUGCAGAUCUCCAAGAAGAGGAAGGUAGGCCCCGGGCGGCUCCGAUACGGCUAAUGGCGGCCUGUUACAUGGACAAUAUCUCCGGCACCGGGUACUGCAGGGCCGGCGGGUCUCGGUUAUCCUCAGUCCGGGUCUCUGCGGGCGGGGGGUGGAGCGGAUGGAUGUAGAUUGAGCCGGACACAGUGCCUGGCACCGGGACACGGGAUACUGCCAGGCUGGCUUCGGCCUAGUCCGUAUAGACUAUAUGGGCUAUAUAUAGAGCAGGGAUCUUACACAGCCUGGGCUAGCUAUAUAUAUAUAUAUAUAUAUAUUAUAUAUGGGAUGUUAUACAGCCUGGGCUAGCUAUAUAUAUAUAUAUAUAUAUAUAUUAUAUAUGGGAUGUUAUACAGCCUGGGCUAGCUAUAUAUAUAUAUAUAUAUAUUAUAUAUGGGAUGUUAUACAGCCUGGGCUAGCUAUAUAUAUAUUAUAUAUGGGAUGUUAUAUAGCCUGGGCGAGAUAUAUAUAGAGCAGGGAUCUUAUACAGCCUGGGCUAGCUAUAUAUAUUAUAUAUGGGAUGUUAUAUAGCCUGGGCGAGAUAUAUAGAGGGGGGGAUGUUAUACAGCCUGGGCUAUAUAUAUAUAUAUCUCAAUAUAUCAAAAAGGAAAGAGAUGCACUCUCAGGUCUUUGUAGAAAAAAACUCUAUUUAAUAACAGGUAACAUACAGCUGAUCGACGUUUCGACCUCUUCAGGUCUUCCUCAAGAUCAUGAGGAAGACCUGAAGAGGUGGAAACGUCGAUCAGAUGUAUGUUACCUGUUAUUAAAUAUCGAGUUUUUUCUACAAAGACCUGAGAGUGCAUCUCUUUCCUUUUUGCUUUACAUAUCCAGUGUGGGAUUGCACCAAGGCAGUCUUUUACUGAUUCAUUGAAAGGGUGAGUGCCACUAUACGUGUGUGUGUGUAUAUGUGUGUGUGUGUGUGUGUGUGUGUAUAUAUAUAUAUAUAUAUAUAUAUAUAUAUAUAUAUAUUAUAUAUAUAAUUUUGUUAUACAGCCUGGGCUAUAUAGGGGGACACUGCUGUAUGAGGGGCAUUGCUCAGCCUAGUCCGUAUAGAGGGGAUGUUAUAUAGAGGGGGCAUUGCACAGCCUGGGCUAUAUAGGGGGACACUGCUGUAUGAGGGGCAUUGCUCAGCCUAGUCCGUAUAGAGGGGAUGUUAUAUAGAGGGGGCAUUGCACAGCCUGGACUAUAUAGAGGGUCCUACUGUAUAGGGGGGGCAUUGCACAGCCUGGACUAUAUAGGGGGGGCAUUGCACAGCCUGGGCUAUAUAGAGGGUCCUACUGUAUAGGGGGGGCAUUGCACAGCCUGGGCUAUAUAGAGGGUCCUACUGUAUAGGGGGGCAUUGCACAGCCUGGGCUAUAUAGAGGGUCCUACUGUAUAGGGGGGCAUUGCACAGCCUGGGCUGUAUAGGGGGGCAUUGCACAGCCUGGGCUAUAUAGAGGGUCCUACUGUAUAGGGGGGCAUUGCACAGCCUGGGCUAUAUAGAGGGUCCUACUGUAUAGGGGGGCAUUGCACAGCCUGGGCUAUAUAGAGGGGGUGUUAUACUGCCUGGGCUAAAUAGAGGGGUCCUGCUGUAUGAUUACCCAGUGUGGAUUAUAUAGGUUAUUAUACAAACUGGGCUGUAUAGGUUAUUCUUGGCACUGCUGUAUGAGGGGUAUUACACAGCUUGUGCUAUACAUAGAGGUCCUGCUGUAUGAUUAUCAUAUCUGGGCUGUAUAGUUAUGUAGUAUCUAGCCUGGGUUGUACAAUUAUGGGCCCUGCUGUAUGAGGGUUAUAGCACAGCCUGGGCUAUAUGUUAUAGGCCCCCUGCUGUAUGGUUGUGGUAUCCAGUCUGGGUUGUAUAAUUAUGGGCCCUGCUGUAAGGGGGUUAUACAGCCUGGGCUAUAUAUGUUGGUAUAUUCUCCCUGCUGAAUGUAAUAUCCACCCGGGGAUAUGGAAGUUAUUAUGGGCCCUGCUGUAUGAUGGGUACAACACAGCCUGGGCUAUAUAGGUUAUGGGCCCUGCUGUCUGGGAUUUGUUGCAUCUAUCCCUGGGGGUUAUCACUCUGUCAGCUCCUUAUCACCAAGAUGGCAGGCAGCAUCCCUUCUGCAGGACAUUUACUGCCUACUUUAUAUUGAACAGGGAUAUUUACUGGAACUUUGAGUCAAGUUGUGGGAUAAACCAGUGUUACAUUGCCUUUAUUCUGCAUCAGAUGGAGUACAUGUAAAUAACUUUUAAUCUGUGAAUGUGGAAUGUACUUUAACCUCUUAAGGACACAUGACAUGUCAUGAUUCCCUUUUAUUCCAGAAGUUUGGUCCUUAAGGGGUUAAUGAUUUUGUGUUCAUGCAUGGCAGACUGAAAUCCACUGUAGAUCUAAGUGUUAGGAUUUUGGACAUGUGUUGGUGCAUCACCCAGGGCAGGUGAAGCAACAUAAGGUAAUUGGAAAUUUAUAGUUUUAGAUAUCCCUGGGCUGCCACACUCCAAAUCAGGAAAAUGUGUAUAUGCAGAGACCUUGAAAGUAUAGCUGCUUUAAAGGAUCACUUUAGGGUCAGGAACACAAACGUGUAUUCCUGACCCUAGAGUGUUAAAACCACCAUCUAGACACCCUAGGUCCCUCAUGCCUCCAUAAAUAUAGCAAAAUCUUACUGUAUUCAAGCCUGAAGCUGUAACUCUGCAUGCUGUUAGACGCAGAAAAAAAACAAGCAGUCUGCUGACAUCAUCAGAAGUGGUGGCCUGAUCCAAUCACAAUGCUUCAACAUAGGAUUGGCUGAAACUGACAAAGAGGCAGAUCAGGGGCAGAGCCAGCAUGACUCAAACACAGCCUUGGCCAAUCAGCAUCUCCUCACAGAGAUGAAUUGAAUAAAUGAAUCUCUGAGGAAAGUUCAGUGUCUGCAUGCAGAGGGAGGAGACACUGAAUGUGUGGAUGCAUUUUAGGCAGCCAUGACCGAGGAAGGAUCUCCAACAGCCAUGUGAGGAGUCGCCAGUGAAGUUAUUGCUAGGCUGUAAUGUAAACCCUGCAUUUUCUCUGAAAAGACUGUGUUUACUGCAAAAAGCCUGAAGGUAAUGAUUCUACUCACCAGAACAAAUUCAAUAAGCUGUAGUUUUUCUGGUGACUAAAGUGACCCUUUAAGUUGGGCGUGUAUAACACAUUUUGCAAUUAAUUGAAUUUGGUUUGUGUACAUUUUAAUUGCCCAGCCAUCUGUUUUUCCGAAAUCAUUUAUUUAUUUAUUUUUUAUUCCUUAUUUCAGUUUGUUGCCGAUGGCAUCUUUAAAGCUGAGCUCAAUGAGUUCCUGACCCGAGAGUUGGCUGAAGAUGGCUACUCUGGUGUGGAGGUCCGAGUCACUCCAACCAGGACAGAAAUUAUCAUACUUGCCACCAGGUAAGAGAUCCGAUAUUUCUUUACCAAUAUCUGGCAAUAAGGUGUACUCUUUGUAUUCUCUCCUCCUUAUCUGCCAUUCCAUAGAAGGGCUUGGACUGUUUAUGUUCUGUAUCAUAAUUAAUACACUAUCAGUAGUAUUCUCAUGCACUUUGGUUAACAUCUGGAUUGAAAUCCAGAUCUGUCGCCAUGCUGUUUUUCACUGGCUCACGAUUGUAACAGUCACCAGUUUCAAAUGAAAAACUAUAUCGUUGGGAAUAUAAACUUACUCCUAAUGCUGUAGUGUUCUAUUUGGUCCCCUCACCAUGCUGUUCUGUGUGGCUACCCCUCCUCCCUGUCUGAAAUCCUCAAUCUUGCUGAUUUCACAAAAUCCAGUGCUUCCCCAUAGACUGCAUGUGUGUCCAUCAGCAUCUCCUCAUAGCGAUGCAUUGUUCUGGCUAAUCUGUUUUCAUUAAAUUCAGUUUUUCAUCUUGCCUUAUCAAUUUUGGUGUUUGUUUCUGAGACUUUUAAAAUACAUGCUCAAUGUGCGAUUGUCUGCCCUCUGUGAUGAUACGAUGACGAGUCAGAGAGGACACUCUGUUCAGAGAUCUUGUUCAGGGUCACGUUCUGUGUUUCUGUACUUGGUUGCUGUGCAGAUUACGUCCUUUAUACUGAUUGAACUUGAGGCAUUUGUCUGAGAAGGGCAUGAGUUGUGGUUGCACCUUUGGUCAUUUCUUGGUAUUCAGAGCCAAGGCGAAGUAGUUACUUGAAACUAAACCUUGUCUGAAUUUCCUUACAGGACCCAAAAUGUCCUCGGUGAGAAGGGUCGUCGUAUCCGUGAGCUGACUGCAGUUGUUCAGAAGAGGUUUGGCUUCCCUGAAGGUAGUGUUGAGGUAAGCGAAUAAAUUGACUUGGGUUUCCAGUUUUUGUAUUUAAUAGCAAAAUUACUCCCCUCUAUUCUUUCUUUCCUUCCUGCAAAUCUGUAACUUACUGAGUAAUUCCUGGCCCUCAAAAUGUCCUCUUUGCUAGCACUGAUCUUUUCUAUUAGUAAGUGGUUAGCAUUGUCCAUAUCCAGUUCAUGAAGGCCAGGAAAUGACACCACUGUACAGGCUGGUACUGCGGAAGAUAUAAUUUCCUCUCACAUUUGUGAAACUUGCUAAAGCUAUAAAAGUAGCCACAUGUGGAGAGAUGGGAGCUUUGUAUGUCAUGAACUAAACAAGGAGCAUAGGUUAUGGUGCUUAUACCACUUUUUUUUUAUAUAUAUAUAUAUCUCUAUAUCUCUAUCUGUCUAGCAAGCUGUGGAUAAUGUUACACAUGUUUUGUAAUUUUUUCUUUUGAGAUAAACUUAAUUGGUUUUGGCUUUCUCCUAAACUGAUUUAAUUCCUUUCAGCUCUAUGCCGAGAAGGUUGCCACAAGGGGUCUGUGUGCCAUUGCCCAGGCAGAAUCUUUGCGUUACAAGCUCCUGGGAGGCCUGGCUGUGAGAAGGUGAGCGCCUGUUUGAUACAGAGUGAAUGUUUAAAAUAAUAGUGGGAAUAGAUAUUUUUGUGGGGGAAAUGCUUUGGGCUCUUAGAAGCCAAAUUGACACUAAAUACUUCCUCAUUAUUGGAUAUGUACAACCUGGACAGAUACAGGUUUAGAAUGUUUGUGGCUUUUUUUAUUUUUUUUAUUAUUUUUCCUUCUGUGAUGAUACGAUGACGAGUCUGAAUGGGUAAAUCCUUUUCCAGUGGUCAUUGUCUGCGUCACGUCUUGUGCUGUAGAUAAAAGUCCAUUGAGUGAAGUUUACCUUUUGCUUGAUGUCUAUGAGGCAUUUGUCUGAGAAGGUGUCUAUUAUAGUUUGCAUCUUGUUUUGCCACUAUAUUGCACGUUUUGCCUUAAAUAUAAUUUGCUUCUAUUGAGUAAAUUUAAGGGAUGCUAUAGUCGCCUUAACCACUUCAACUGAUUGUAGUGGUUAUGGUGCCUGAAGUCCACAUGCGCUCUGGCUCACAUCAAUGGUAAAUAGUUUACUCGCUGUUUAGCAGAAAUGAUCUGUCCCCAGCAGACCGCAGCCCAGCCCUGAUUGACAAUAUUGCAAUGAAGAUAUGAUGCACCUCACAGCAUGCCAGGGUUAGUGGGAAUUGAUAGUCUUUGUGUCAUAGGAACACUGCCUGCAGUCCCUAGUAUUACUUUGUAUGGAGCAAAGCGUAACUCUAUAAUAUCAUAACUAUCUCUGUUAAACAGUGAGUAAACUAUUUACGUUUGAUGCCGGAUUUGUCGCACAUCGAUGCCAGGCCACAUUACUACUUCAGUUGGUGUAACGGAUUAUGGUGCCUGCAGGGUUCCUUUAAGUAAAUGUGACCGAAUAUGUGCAGAGCUGAACCUAAUCUGUUGAUAAACUGUUUCAGAGCAUGUUAUGGUGUGCUGCGUUUCAUCAUGGAGAGUGGCGCCAAGGGUUGUGAAGUUGUUGUGUCCGGCAAGCUGCGAGGUCAGAGAGCAAAGUCCAUGAAGUUUGUGGAUGGCUUGAUGAUCCACAGUGGAGACCCUGUCAACUACUACGUGGAUACAGCUGUGCGCCAUGUGCUCCUCCGGCAAGGUGAGAAUAACUUCCUCUUCUGUACAGAGAUAAUGUAGUAGAACACUGAGUAAUCCUCUGCGUUACUAGAUUCCAAUCUCCUUCACAUCCUACUCGUGUGUUUAGUGUUACCUCCAUAGGCACAUAUGCACCACUACCAUAGCUUUUACUUGGCAUCAGUUCAUUGAAUUGUUCAUUCUAGUAAUCCCACCCCUUAAAUACUGUACCUUCUUGGACCAGGCCCCCAUGCUGGUGAUCAGUUGAUGCGGUGUGCAUAGGUACCAACUGCUAUCCAGGGGCUUCCUGAGUCAAGAUAGCUACCCAGAUUUUGAGCUGGAGGCAUUGCUUUUGUAGCAACAGAAGUUGUAGGAUGUUUGGAAGCCAUUACUUUUUGUGGCUGUGUGUGCUGGAGGUGCUCAGGCUGACACAGGUGGUCAGAGUACACCAUCUUGUGCAUACUACAGUAUAAUAGAUGGAACAGAGAGAGAUUGAAGAUAGCUGUUUAUAUUUUUUAUUACAGAUUUAGGAGUAUACAAAAACAGAUUUUAAAAUUUAGUAUUUUAGGGCCUGGAAUGUAUUUCAAGCUGUUCUGUCAUAUGUAAUAGAAAAUGGCUUAUGGUUACUCCAUUUGAAAGAAAACAUAUCAUAAAGUUUUGCUGAAUUAAAACCUGGCAGAACUGUAUUGAAAACUUUGCUACUUUUGCCCUUCUGUGAUGAUACGAUGACGAGUCAGAGAGGAUGCUCUGUUCAGAGAUCUUGUUCAGGGUCACGUUCUGUGUUUCUGUACUUGGUUACUCUGCAGGUUACAUCCUUUAUACUGAUUGAGCUUGAGGCAUUUGUCUGAGAAGGGUUAAAUUAAAACUAGGGCUGCACCAAAAUGAGAAUUCUGGGCUGAAACAGAAAAUUCAGGAUACCGAAAAUGACUUUUUUUUUUUUUUUGGGGGGGGGGGGUUCUAUAAUUUUAUUAGACUUCCCCAGUGUUCCUUUUCCCUUCUCUGUACCUUAGUUCCCCUCUAGUGUUCCUCUCCCCCCUCUUUAGUGUUCUCCUACCCGUCCCAAGUGCAGUAUUCUUGACUUUUCAUGUUAUUACUAUAUUUCAUUGUGAUAUAGAAUAAUCUGAAUUGCCAAUGCAAGCAUGUCUGUUAAACUAUGCACUACAAAAAUGUAAUUUAAAAAAAACUGCAAAUUUGGCUCGUUUUCAGCCUGAAGAUUUCGGCACAUCCUUUAUUAAAACAAACCAUGCGUUAGCCCAAAAGAUGUGUUGGACAAUAUUGUCGAUUAGCCACUAGGAUUGGAAAUGUUAACGGUCUGGGUAUUCCAGCAAUAGCUUUCCUGUCUUAUUCAGAGAUGCCGGUAAUAGUGGUUAGGGUGCUUAACGCCCAUUAAAGGAACACUGUAGGCACCAAAACCACUACAGUUUGAGCUUGGGAUUUCCACACUUUUAAUGGAGUCGCCAAACGCUCCCCAUAGAGAUACAUUUAGUGGUGAAGCAUAAUUGAUCUCAGCCGGUUGAGGUGGGACAUCUGUGGCAAAACUGGUGCACUGGAGGAGGGAGGUAAAGUAAAGCUUUAUUUUUGUUAAAGGGACACAAUAGUCACCAGAACUACAGCUUAUUGAAUUUGUUCUGGUUAGUAGAAUCAUUUCCUUCAGGCUUUUUGCUGUAAACACAGUCUUUUCAGAGAAAAUGCAGUGUUUACAUUACAGCCUAGUGAUAACUUCACUGGCCACUCCUCAGAUGGCGGUUAGAGAUCCUUCCUGGGUCAUGGCUGCCCAAAAUGCAUCCAAACAUUCAAUAUCUCCUCCCUCUGCAUGCAGUUACAGCUUCAGGCUUGAAUACAGUAAGAUUUUUACUAUAUUUAUGGAGGCAUGAGGGGCCCAGGGGGUUAGAUGGUGGUUUUAACACUAUAGGGUCAGAAUACAUGUUUGUGUUCCUGACCUUAUAGUGGUCCUUUAACUAAGGGGCCUAAUCUAGCAUUGGGCAUACUUGACUUGUGUGCAUUUAACAGCACUCUGGCUAGUGAAUUAAGUAUGUGAUAGGUGCAAACAAACGGAUUCUGCAGAUUUCCAUUUUUGUGUAACUUACAGUUAACAAGACCAUAUGUGCACUAAAUAUGUUGUAUAAUUUUGCAGGUGUGCUCGGUAUCAAGGUAAAGAUCAUGCUGCCGUGGGACCCAAGUGGAAAGAUUGGCCCCAAGAAGCCCUUACCUGAUCAUGUCAGCAUUGUUGAGCCCAAAGAAGAGAUUCUGCCCACCACCCCCAUCUCUGAGCAGAAAGGAGCCAAGCCAGAGCAGCAGCCCCAGCCACCAGCCAUGCCCCAGCCUGUUCCUACUGCAUAGUAAGAUAUCUAUGGUCUCUGUAUGGGAGGGUGCUCUCUUGCACACACUGGUUGGGGGGUAGUUUAAUCCCUUCUGUGAUGAUACGAUGACGAGUCUGAAUGGGUAAAUCAUUUUCCUGUGGUUAGUGUCUGCGUCACGUCUUGUGCUGUAGAUACAAGUCCACUGAGUUAAGGUUACCUUUCACUUGAUGUCCUUGAGGCAUUUGUCUGAGAAGGUGAUUUAUAAUUUGAUUUUAACCAUUUAAAAGAGCCCUGGAAAUUGUAAACGAAAAUUGCUGUCAGCGGUUACUGUGUAAUUUAUAUUAAUGGUUGCUUAAUUCGAAACUUAUCUUUAAGUGCUAGUUAUGCUAAACUCCUGUCUACAUAGUUACUAGGCUUUAAAAUUUGAAGUCCUAUGCUACUUGCCAGGCCAUAUAGAAUGCUCAUCGUGACUAAAUUGGUACUAACAAAAGGCUAGGCACAAGUCAAAAUUCUGAGCACUGGUUGUGUUUACCUGUACUUCUGUGAUCUUGUGCUGUAGGACAGCCCGUAGAUCCUUUUUGCUUCUGAUUUACUGUAGUUAUUGGCAUGGGUAGCCUGUUCAGAACCUAAUGAAGUUGCUAUGGUUCAUUGUUUUCACUAUUUAGAUCUUGAUUUUCAAACAUGUAGCACUACAAAAAACAUCCAUUCUGUAAUCAAAAUGCCUGCUGCAAGCGGCAUACAUGUCGAAACAGCAAGUGCUUUCUUUCAAUAUAAAGGACAAAUGAUUCCAGUUUUGUAGUGCAGCUAAUGUACUCUUAGGCAGGCGUUUUGGCUGGUAUGUGUGCUGAGAGAUUGUGUAAGCAUUGGCAGAGCAAUUGUCUGGGCUGCCGGGACCCCUCCUUCUUUGGUCAGAUCAAAUUAAAUGACCACUAUAGUGCCCUGAGGGUGCCGCCACCCUCAGGGACCCACUCCCGCCCGGCUCUGGAAAGGGGUAAAAACGUACCUUUUUUUUCAGCGCUGGGCGGGGAGCUCUCAGCCCAUUUGGCUGAAUGCGCACGCGCGGCAAGAGCUGCACGCGCAUUCAGCCGGUCGCUGUCAAUGAGACAGCCGCUAGAGGCUUUGGAGGAAGGCUUAACCCAUAGGUAAACAUAGCAGUUUCUCUGAAACUGCUAUGUUUAUAAAAAAAAAUGGGUUAACCCUAGAAGGAUCAGGCACCCAGAGAACUUCAUUAAAGGACCACUAUAGUGCCCUGAGGGUGCCCCCACCCUCAGGGUCCCCCUCCCGCCCGGCUCUGGAAGGGGGAAAGGGGUUUAAACUCAACUUUUUUUCCAGUGCUGGGCGGAGAGCUCUCCUCCUCCGUUCCGCCCCGUCGGCUGAAUGCGCACGCGCGCGCAUUCAGCUGGUCGCAUAGGAAAGCAUUUACAAUGCUUUCCUAUGGACGCUGGCGUGCUCUCACUGUGAAAAUCACUGUGAGAAGCACGCAAGCGGCUGUCAAUGAGAAGGGAAUAGGGGAAGGCUUAACCCAUUCAUAAACAUAGCAGUUUCUCUGAAACUGCUAUGUUUAUUUAAAAAAAAAAAAAAAUGGGUUAACCCUAGAAGAACUUGGCACCCAGACCACUUCAUUAAGCUGAAGUGGUCUGGGUGCCUAGAGUGGUCCUUUAAGCUGAAGUGGUCUGGGUGCCUAGAGUGGUCCUUUAAAUGUAUUGACCCAGAACUAUUGGAAGGUGUAUGUAGUGAUUAUGGUGCUUAGUCUGCCACCAAAAAAACUUCCAUGAAGUCUAAAAUAGGAUUGACACAGUUGAAUAAAUGCACUACUUAUUAUAGAACAUUUAUUCUUACUGGCAAUGUUUGUAAUGUUUCUCACUUUUGGUCACAUGAGAACUGCUUAAUGCAUCCCCUUGAUGUACUACUUUGAGUUAUUGGUGUGGUUUUAUGAGUUAAAGAUGAAUAUACUAAUCUGAGUUUUUUUUUAGGAUGCUGAAGGCCAGGACUUGAGGAUUUUGGAUACAAACUCAAACUGUAAAAAUAAAUGAAAAACCCAACAAACUGCUAGCGUGUUUCUUUGUUGUAUUG